UUUUCAACUACACCGGGGACUUGAUCAUCUUUCUCUCUAAAUCCCCGCCUCUACCAGUGUCUGCCCUAUCAUGCCACACAACUUGUAAGCUGUAUGAAGACUUUCCCCGGGAAAUGGAGAACAGCACUCCAGGACCAACAGGCGCGUCGACUCGGAAGCGGAAGCGUAUCCCGAUUGCUUGCAGCUCCUGUCGAGCUCGGAAGUCAAGGUGCGACGGUGUUAGGCCUCAUUGCUCCGCUUGCGUCGAACAAGGUAUCGAAUGUAUCUACGCAGCCAACUCUGGUGGGAGCAAUGCGCUGGUACCAAAACAAUAUCUCGAACAAGUCGAACACCGCUUAGCUGAUGUCGAAGAGGACAUCAGUCGGCUGAAGAGACUUAUACCCGCCUCGUUUCUGCAGGGAAAGCAACACGUUCUAUUUCCACGUAGCAUUUCUGGUCGUACCGACGACUUUUCGGAAGUCAACUAUCCCGAGGAGUCACUGAAUGUUGAGGAUGGAAGUGUCACGCAGGGGAUCACCCCCGACGCAACAGACGGUGUUGGUACUAUUGAAUUUACCACAGACGAGUCUUGGGCAUAUUUUGGGCCGUCAUCCAAUAUUGCCUUCACGAGAAUUAUUCGCCGCACGCUUGACCAUUUAUUGAACAAGGCCCAGAAAGACGAGCGCGGAGAUACAUCCUCGACACCUGCAAAGCAUGCACAACAAUACAUCCUGGCUGUCUCCAGAUCUCAGUCACCAGUCACUGAUUCCUUCGACUCAAGGAAGCUCGAAAAGCCAUCCGAGGCAUCCCGUUUGCCACCCGAAGAGGAGGUUGUCAAUCUUGUGCGCCAAUUCUUCCGUGACACAGGUCUCCUAUUUCCUUACAUACACGAAGAAAGUUUCUGGAAAACUUACGCUCAGUACCGAGCAACCGGAAUGCAGAAUGCGAAAACCGCUUGGCUUGCACUAUUGCACAUGGUUUUGGCCAUGGCUACGAGCACCAUGAACGCUACGGGUGUCGGUUUGGGCGAUCGACAGGCGAUAUCAGAGGUUCAUUACCGGCGCGCCAAAGCUCUCUCUAUGACUGAGAUGAUGACAGGGGCCAAUGUAGAAGCAGUCCAGGCUAUGCUCCUGAUGUCACAGUACCUUCAAGGCAGCCAACGGUCUAUACAGACAUGGGCAAUACACGGGCUCGCUGUAAAAGCUGCACUCGAGUUAGGGUUCCAUUCCGAGUUGGCACUUCAAAGAUUCGAACCACUCGAAAGAGAAAUAAGAAUACGCACUUGGUAUGGAUGUGUCGUACUCGAUAGAACACUGAGCAUGACCUUCGGCCGGCCGCCGAUUAUUCCGCAAAAUUAUAUACGAACACCUUUGCCAAGACAUUUCAUUUCCCAUCAAAGAACUUCCGAUAUUUUGAGAUGGCCCAAUGAGGAAGAGAGCACUGUGUUUUGGAACGCAUCGAUCACGCUUUACGGAGUGACCGCCGCCGUCAUUGACGAUCUAUACGAGAGCAAUAUUGGAUCAAUAUCGGCCAUUCCGUUGACAAACACUGUGGCUAGUGUAAUACAGAUUGGACAAAAACUGGCUGACUGGCAGGCAUCUUUACCUCUAUCGAUGCAACUUAUAGAGCCGAGCGAAGUCGCCAGCCCUGAGGGGAAGUUGAUGUUCUUGAAGUUCCGAGUGAUACUGACACUCCGGUAUCAUAACUUGCAACUACUGUCACAUCGCCCGAUACUAGACCGCUGUCUACAAUCAUUCGAUGGAAGCCCUCAGUCUCCUCAGGAGGCAGCCACACUGCAGCAGGCGUGGCAUCUCAGUAGAACAGUAUGCCUACGGUCGGCGGAAGCUAUCAUCCGCUUGGUUGAAGCCUGCAAACUUGCGAAUGAUGUUCAGCCUACCGUUUCAUUCCUUGGAGCAUGGUGGUUUAGCCUGUACUUCACCUUCAAUGCCUCUUUAACUAUCGUUGCGACAAAGCUGGUCGAAGAUAGCUAUGGGUCUAUGCCCUUUGAUCAGGGAUACACAAACACCGCUAUACGGCUUGACAAUAUUCUGAAGAGUGCAGUAAGUUGCAUUGCGCGAUUAGACAUCCAGAACCCCAUGGUAGAGAAGUGCGCAAAGUUCACGGCGACCUUGAUCUUUAUGGUCCAAAGCUUGCAAAUGACUCCGGGCCGGGACGAUGUCGCCCGUGAAGUGGGAGGGAUGGGGCCAAGCCACGCAGUUCCCUCGAAUGGAGGGGAGAAUGCGCAAAGCUUGCACAUGUCGGCGAAUGGAGCAAUGGAUGACGCCUUUUCCAACCUGAUGAACUAUCUUCCCCCCAACUUCAACGAUUUCCCCAAUACUGGUGCAAAUUUCUCCAUGUCUGAGUUGAUGGAUGAUUUUACUACAGGGGACUUGUUUUGGUAGGCGCUAGACACUCAAUUUUGGUCACUAUAUGUAGGAACAAGAAAACUGUUGUUGUAUAAUCGAAACUGCCCAACUUAUGAUUUCUCAGGGCUGAAUCAGACUACUUGCUCGUGACAGAAAGUCAUAUCGGGGGAGGGUUUACGAGGCAUACUUCGAGAAUACAUCCUGCAUCUAAAUUUCCAUCGGUACAGGUAUGAACUACGAUUUCCUUGAACCAUUUCAACGAACAGCUUGUCAUCCACUAUCUUAACUGUUACGACCCUCUGUUAGGUAUCCCAUGAUGGUCUGCAAGAAAAAACGCCAUGUAACAUAUCC